AUGGGAAAGUCAAUUGAUGUUGAAGAUGACGAAGUUGUCUAUAAUUCGACAAACAUCCUAUUUAUGAUCUUUAGUACGUUUGCUAUCUUCUGGAUGGUUCAAGGUGCUGGAUUAUUCUAUUCGGGUUUGACGAGGAGAAAAUCAGCUCUAAUACAAGCUGUAUAUUCACUAUUGGCACUGGCAAUUGUUUCCAUACAGUGGUUUUUACUGGGGUACUCAUUAGUUUUCAGCGAGUCGUCAGGUCCAUUUGUGGGAGGGUUUAAACGAGUCGGACUGCGCCAUGCUCUGGGAGACAAGGGACGGUCACAAGUCAAUAUCGUCCCCGAAGUAGCAAAUGCUUUGUUUGGCAGUAUGUUCCCAGCAGUUACGGCAGCUUUGACUGUGGGAGCAGUAGCGGAUAGAGGAAGAGUCCUACCAGCUGCCAUAUUUAUUUUCAUAUGGACUACUUUGGUUUAUGAUCCAAUAGCAUUUUGGUCUUGGAACAAACAAGGAUGGGCCAGAAGAAUGGGUUCUUUAGACUAUGCCGGAGGUACUAUAGUUCACAUCACCUCGGGCUUCAGUGCCCUGGCAUAUUCGCUUGUACUUGGCAAAAGGCUGGGCCAUGGUACUGAGCAGUUGAAUUACAGGCCCCAUAAUACGAUACUUGUUGUCAUCGGUACAUCCUUACUUUGGGCAGGAUGGUUUGGAUUCAAUGCGGGGUCAGCUUUUGCUCCUCACACCCAGUCAGUAAUUGCAAUGUUAAAUACCCAGCUGUCAGCUUCGGCUGGUGGCUUGGCAUGGGCGUAUAUGGACUAUCGUCUUGACUCGCAUUGGUCAAUAGUCGGAUUUUGUUCAGGAGUUGUAUCGGGACUUGUUAGCAUUACAUCAGGUGCUGGUUAUAUUCAACCUUGGGCUGCAAUCAUAGUCGGAUGUGCUGGUGGAUGUAUUUGUAAUCUUUCUACGAAAAUCAAGUUUUUCCUUGACAUUGAUGAUGCUUUGGACGUUUUUGCAGUUCACGGAGUAGGUGGGCUUAUGGGUACCAUACUUACUGGAGUUUUUGCUACUACGAGUAUUGAUGCGGAUAUCAGAAGUGGUGGUUUGAUUGAUGGUAAGAUAUUACUUCUUUUACAUCAAACUAUUGUAGGAUCAGUGACAGGGAUUUAUGCUUUCUUUAUGUCAAUCAUUGUGUUGGUUUUAAUUAAAAGCGCUCCUAACCUGCACCUGAGAGUGAGAGGGGAUCAGGAAUUGGCUGGUCUCGAUCUUACUGAACAUGAUGAAUUUGUUUUUGAUCAUGAAGAGCUAAUAUCUCAAAUCGAAUCUACUUUCCUCUAUGCGAAUCGAAACGGCUUGGUUGGUUCCACAGGAUAUUCAGUAGGUGACGACUCCUUACCAACAGCCAUGCCUUAUCAUCGAGCACCCCUCCCUGCCAGUGGAAUUUAUAAAGCAGCCAAUCCACCACAUCUAGCUUCUGAUGACGAUGAAAAUGAUGAAGAAGACCCAUUCAACGGAACUGGCAUGUUCCCUGGAAUUUCUCCCAGAUCACAGCGCACAGACUAUACUCCAUCAGCAAUGAACAAUAAUCAUCAACCACAUCCCACCGAUGGCUCGCCUUUGCUAUCUCACGCCUAA